AGUCCCCAAGCGUCCUAUCAUCAACACCCCAGUGGUGAGCAUCAGCAUCCAUGACAAUGACGCAUUGAUGCAACGCGCCCUUGAGAAACCCAUCACUGUGCAGUUUCGGAUGUUGGAAACUGAGGAGCGGACCAAGCCUAUUUGUGUCUUCUGGAACCACUCCAUCCUGGUCAGUGGGACUGGUGGCUGGUCAGCUAAAGGCUGUGAGGUUGUCUUCAGGAAUGAAACGCAUGUCAACUGCCAGUGUAAUCAUAUGACAAGCUUUGCUGUGCUGAUGGACAUUUCCCGAAGAGAGAAUGGUGAGAUCCUACCCCUGAAGACGAUCACAUAUAUCUCCAUUGCUGUGACGCUGGGCAGCCUCCUGCUUACUUUCUUCUUCCUGGCUGGAUUGCGAACUCUGCGAUCCAAUCAACAAAGCAUCCGCAAGAACCUAGUGAUUGCGCUAUUUUUUUCUGAACUCGUCUUCCUACUGGGCAUCAACCAGGCUGAUCUGCCAUUUGCCUGUACCGUCAUUGCCAUCCUGUUGCACUUUCUGUACAUGUGUGCCUUUGCCUGGGCAUUGCUAGAAGCAUUGCAUAUUUACCGCAUGCUGAGUGAAGUGCGAGACAUCAACUAUGGCCCGAUGCGCUUCUAUUAUAUGGUCGGAUGGGGUGUGCCAGCAUUCAUCACUGGACUUGCUGUGGGCCUGGAUCCUGAAGGAUAUGGAAACCCAGACUUUUGUUGGCUCUCCAUCUAUGAUACUCUGAUUUGGAGCUUUGCUGGUCCCAUUGCUUUUGCUGUUGCAAUGAGCGUCUUCCUCUAUGUCCUGGCCACCAAGGCCACUUGUGCAGCUCAACAGCAAGGUUUUGAGAAGAAGGGGACAGUCUCUGGUCUACGGUCGGGCUUCAUCUCUCUGCUGAUCAUGAGUGUCACCUGGUUGCUGGCUCUGCUGUCUAUCAACAGUGAUGCCAUCCUCUUCCACUAUCUCUUUGUGGGCUUCAACUGCUUCCAG